AUGGCACUUGCUGUGCCUGUGACAUUAAGGACUACUACGCAUGGUGGUAAUGGAAGACUUGACUAUGCCGUGUCUGCUAUGCAAGGAUACCGUGAAAAUAUGGAAGAUGAUCAUGCAACUGUUCUAGAUCUUGAUACUGCGACUGCCACAUCAUUCUUUGGUGUUUAUGAUGGCCACGGAGGACCUGCUGUAGCAAAGUAUUGCGCGAAACACUUACACAUUGAGCUUCGCAAACAUGAAGAUUUUCAUAACAAUCUUCCUAAUGCAGUGGAGGCAACGUUUUUAAGAAUGGAUGAGAUGUUGAGAGACAGGAAGGCAGGGUGGGAAUUAUCCAAGUAUGGUGGUAACGAACAUUGGAGGAAAUAUAGAAGGAAUCUUCUCAUCACAUACUUUCUCCCCCUCUGUGUGCAGAGGCUUGCAUAUGUGGGGCCAGAAGGGGAUGGAUGUACUGCAUGUGUGGCUAUCAUUAGAGGCAACCAGAUCAUUGUUGGGAACGCUGGUGAUUCUCGUUGUGUACUCUCAAGGAACGGCCAGGCAAUUGAACUAUCCACCGAUCACAAACCAAACCUUCCAGACGAAACACAGAGAAUACAAAAUGCAGGACAUGAGGUAACUGUGAAUCAAGAUAGAGGAAACAUCCCUCGUAUUGAUGAUGGAAUUGCGAUCUCGAGAUCAAUUGGUGACCUGAUGUACAAGGAUAAUGCCAGUUUGGGUCCCCAAAACCAAGCGUUGACUGCCUUACCUGAAAUUCGUAAUGAAGAGAUAACUGAUGAUACCGAGUUUCUUGUUAUAGCAUGUGAUGGAAUCUGGGAUUGCAUGACAAGCCAGGAAGUGGUUAAUUAUGUAAGGCUAUACUUAAAUAAUAACGUGGAACCAAGGCACAUCUGUGAGUCCCUUCUUACGCACUGCUUAGCACAACCUAGAGGGAGGGACAACAUGUCUGUCAUACUGGUUCGGUUCAAGAAGCCCGCCGAAGAGCACCCCAACGUGCCACCGCCCGCCGUCCUUCAACGUGUCGCCGGCCAACAGUCCUCCAACGUGCCACCGCCCGUUGAAGUGCCCCCCGUACGUGCCGCCGUCCACUCUGGGACCUCGUCGUCCGGUCCGCCCACCUUCAACUUGGGCCCUGCUGGCGCCGGCACCACCGUGGGCGGAGGCGAAGUCCAGCUCCCCGCGAUACAGCGCUCCAUAAGCUAA